GGCGCGCGGGGGCAGGGCGGUCAUGUGACUACAUGGCCGCUCCGAUCACGUGUCCCCGGCCGCUUUGUUACAUCGAGCCCAGGCCCGGGCCUCCAUGAUGUUGAUGAUGAUGAUGAUGGAGGAUUACCGGCCUGGCUUUCCCGCAGCCACUUCAGACGACGACGACGAAGAAGAAGAAGAGGACGAGGAGGAGGAAGAGGAGGAGGAAGAAGAAGAAGAGGAGGAGAAGGAGGAAGAAGGACCGCGACAUAAACCCCUCCCCAGCAUGGCGUGUCCGAGUCAGGUUCACAUGGGUGGAGUAGAUAGUGUUUUUCACAUGCAACAGGAAUUGGUGAAGAAGACAAUGGAAUGUGGCUGGCAGCUCGCUGAAGCUCAACAGAGACUUUGUGAUUUGGAACUGCACAAUUCUGAGUCUUUGGAACAAGAACGGGCCAAAGCACAGGUUGAAUUCUGGGAGCUGAAGCAAAAAGAAGAGGAGUGGAGGCAAAAGGAGGAAGAGCUGACCUGGAAUGAGAGGCUAAGUUCAUGGAACAUUGAUACAAACAGUAGGGAAGGUUUUAAUAAGAGUAUGAUCAAUAAAAAAUCUAAAGAAAUAGAGGAAGAUGGGAAAAAUGUAACUUUUGUACAGAGAUAUCACCAGCAGAUCAGGCACUUUGGUAAGUAAACAACUCUCUACUUGUU